AUGGUGAUCGGAAUUGCCAUGAUGUCAGCGAUGGUCCCCACCAUCAUAGGGUUAAACGAAGCAACCAAAGGGGCACGCGAAUCCGAAGAUAAACGCAGAGAGAAUGAAAAGAAAUCGCGCUUUCAUUUGGUCGCUGCAUGCGAUAUUGACGCAGACUCGGAGAGCCGGAGGCAAGAAGUACACAAUGCCAGUGUCUAUUUGGGAUCAGAUAAAAGGGUAUGGAAGGUUUCUCGUCAGAUUAUAGUACCGAACAGUUGCCCGCUGACUCCGCAUUUGAAGUUAUAUAUCACCAAACAUCCGACGCCAUCCAUGACUGCAUUUAAUGGUCAUUUCUUUGAAUUGCCGGACCUUGCGCAGGGCAAUCUUAAUGGCCUUGUUGCAAUAAGCGGGGAGACACCACCCACGCUGCGGUGGGUCUAUCUAGAUAAGAACACUUACGAAAUGAGAUGGGGAGGAAAGCAGGACAGGGAAGGUCAUAUUGGUGGGCCUUUUGAUUUAACCCGCGACGGGGACUAUCUUGCAUUGAAUGACACCCAGAGAUGGCUAGCCUUGCGGUUAGAAGAUACAGAGCAGGACGCAACGGAAGCGGUUGCAGGUGUAUGGAGACUCUGUUGUGACUGGGACGAGAACAACGGCGAAAGUCUGUCGAUCGAUACCCCAAGUAUGCCAAUCUAUCUGAGAAGAGUCCUAGCAGAUUCUUGA